CAUUAGCUUAGAGAUGAAGUAAAUUACCCGUACGUAUUUUAUACAUAACUUUUUCGUACCGUAUUUUACUAACUAGGGCUCGGAGUUAAAUGAAAGAAAGAAAAGUCACUGAAUGUAAGUUUCUUCAGGCAGGAACCUGGGUGCGAAUCGAAAACAAUUUACGAAUUACUAGUAUUAUCUCAUAAAUUUUCUAUAAGGGAGGACAAAUUUAUGGAUAAUAAUGUAUAAUUUAUUAUUAUUAUUAUAUAAUCAUAUUCCACUAAUGUCAACAAUUUCAUAUUUUAAAUUUGAUGAUCACGGUUUUUCACCUAGAAUGUCAUAAAUUAUAGGCUAAUUUUGUUGUGAGUGGGGCGUGGUAGCCCAUAAACGCAAUAAGAAGCCAGCUUUGGGCCUAUAAGUUCUUUAUUUUUAUUUUGGGCCCGUAAGUUGAAAGGCUCUGGCUCCUGUUUUCCGCAUCCAGCACCUUCUACAACUGUAUAAAUAACCGUACAUCAGAGGAAAUUCUUCUAACAUCGACACCCGCAAAAAUUCACAAAACAGCACCGAGAGCGAUCCACAGCAAAGAAGAAGAAGAAAGGCACAGAUGGGAUUCGAGAAGGAGAUCAUCCGCCCAGGAAAUGGCCCCAAACCUUCUCGCGGCCAGAAAGUCACCGUCCAUUGCACCGGCUUUGGUAAGCUUUGUUGGCAUUCAAUCUGCGCACUCUUGACGCGUUCAUCAUAGUGAUGAACUUUUUAGGAAUUAGUUUGGUAGUGAACGUAGCUAGGUCUUUUGGCGCGAUUCAUUGCUUGAUUAUCUUUGCCUAUCGAUUUGUAGGGAAAAAUGGUGAUAUGUCUGAGAAGUUCUGGAGGUGAGGGCUUCUCACUUCUCACAUUCUGUUGCAUUACUAAUUUACUAUGGGUUCUGUCACUUUGGCCUGCAAAAUUUGUUUCCAGUUUUCCAGAUCUUUCAAUUGUAUUUGUGAGUUUAAUAAUGGUGUUGCCCAUGUUUCUGUAUAUCAGCACAAAGGACCCAGGGCAGCAGCCUUUCUCUUUCAAUAUUGGCAAGGGAAGCGUCAUAAAAGGUGAGCCCUUGUGUUUUCGUUUCUCGCUUUGAAGUUGGAUUCAUUGGCUGCUUGGUUAUCUUCCACAUUAUCUGGGCACUGUUGUAUUGUGCUUUGUUUUGGCCCCCUAAUUUUUGGAUCGUACAAUGGUCUAUGGUAAGAAUAGAUAGGUGGGUUUUGGAUGCUGUCAGUGUCAAUCCUUUCCUAGGGUGAGCACCCAGUACUUCACUUUAAGCAGAAAGGUUUUCGAUAUGGUUCAGCACACAUUUUGUUCAGUGGAUCUGCUUGGAAAAAACGUUUCUUUUAGCUUUAAUUUGCAAUGUAAGUAUUUGGAAAAGAGAGUUUUGGCUGGAUGAUCAGCUUUGUACCUCCAGGGUCAAUUUGUCUGCAUUCCGGUUCUCGUGAGCUCAUCUACGAGCAUUUUGUGCUUGUAAUCCUUGUAUCAAUCUUCUUAGUUCUUGUGCAACUGCUGAUAAUCCUUGUAAAAUUUAUAUGUAGGGUGGGACGAGGGAGUCAUGGGAAUGCAAGUGGGAGAAGUUGCUCGUCUACGGGUAAUGUUCCUUGUUGAAGUUGUUCCCUUGGUGCUUUUUCCAUAAGUUGGAUUAUAGACUUAUAGUUUAUGCUCUAAAUAAGAAAGCCUUUGCCCUAACUGCAAAAUGCAAAUGAAACCCAGCAUUUGAUGCACAGCGGUAGCGAGUCUGUUGCUUGAUGGGGUUGAAUCUUCUAUGGUGGGGUGAAUUGAAUAAGCUUUUUGGAAAACUUGUCAGAAAAAAAGAUACAACCUUGUAUGCUAGUCCAACUCCAGAGCCACUCACCCUUGUUGGUAGAUGAUGGACUCGUUGUCAUAUCUAGGGUAGCGAUAUCGCAGGUCAACUGUUUGGAUUUCAAAAUCCGGCUUGGCAAGCGAACAGAUGACUGUACCGAAUAGUAUUAGGCUUCGAAUGUCGUUAUACUUAAAGACUCUUAAAAGAAUUCACCACCAUUGCCGUUUCUAUAUUCUUCUGCUUACCUAAUAAUCUUAUUUCCAUGCAUGAAUUUUCAGUGCUCCCCCGACUACGCCUAUGGAGCUGCUGGAUUCGGAGCAUGGGGAAUCCUGCCCAAUUCUCCUCUGAUUUUCGAGAUCGAAGUCCUGAGCGUAGAGUGAUCUUUCUUAGUGAAGGGGCGGAAGAAGACCGAUUCGUGGAGUUGCAGCAAUUUCGUAUUGUCCAAGUCCUCGGGAUUUACUUAGAAUAAUGUCUGCCUUGUCAUUGAGACAUGUCUAUGUACCGUAAACUACCGACUUUGAAUCAUAUAGCACUUGGAUUCAGGCAUCAAAUUGUCAACUCAGUGUGUUCUUUGGCCAUCCAGUCAUGUUCUGCAAUUGGAUAGUGUGUCUUAUGCUUAUUCUCUACGUCUCUUUCCUCUGUGGCUUUUGCAGAAUGGCUUGGUGAAAAAUGAAAUGGUGAAGCAGAAUUUCCUUGUGCUUUAACAAUUUUCUUUGAAGCCAGAGGCCCAACUUGGCCAAGUUUUUAGGCCCACAGCGGCCCAAAUGUUUGCUCAACGACGCCGUAUUGCUACCAUACUAACCGUCUCCUCCCAGGGGAAAAAAAAACCCCAGCUCUUUCUCGCCUCGGUUCUCUGCCUCCGUUCAUAGCUGUACGAAUUCCGGUGGCGGAGUCUCAUUGAUGGAAGGAUUUAGGUUUUCGAAUCCGAGGGCGGCUGGUAGCUCCAUUAGGUCUGCCUGGAGGAUUCAGCGGUCACUACUUUCCGGCGAUCACUCCCCGGCAGAAUGUCGGCUGGUUAGGUAUUUGGCGACUGUGCCGCCGACUUCGCUUUAUUCGAAGCGUUUCGGUUCCAAUUCGGCGACGGGAUACUCGUCACCGCUUCUUGUUUCCUACUCCGCGAUAACAGUUCCUUUCGGCUCUGUGAGCCCUUUCUCGAUUCAACGGUUCCAUUUCUCGACCUCGAAUGGCGGAGCUGAGAAACCUGGUGGUGGUGGUAGUGAAGUCUUUGCUGGAACUGGAACUGAUAUUGGUGGUGAUGGGACUGGUGGUGGGGAGUGGGUGGAUAAGCUUAACGAUGUAUGGCACGGUGUGACUUGUGCUGUGAACUAUACAGCAGAAAGGGCGAAAGAGGUCUCUGAUGGAAUGAACCCUCAUGUUCAGAAUGUGCUUGAUUCGCAUCCCUAUCUCAACACUGUGGUUGUUCCUAUUGGCUACACACUAACUGGGACGAUAUUGGCGUGGGUGGUAAUGCCGAAACUCUUGAGGAGGCUUCAGAGGUUUGCAGUGCGAAGUCCUGGUGGAGUGCUCUCCACAAGCAUAAGCGGGCAGGAAGUUCCUUAUGAGAAGAGUGUUUGGGGUGCCUUGGAGGAUCCUCUGCGCUAUUUGGUUACGUUCAUGGCGUUUUCACAAAUUUGUGCUAUGCUGGCUCCAACAACCGUGGCAACACAGUAUCUCGGACAAGCAUGGAAGGGUGCGACAACGGUUUCUUUGGUGUGGUUUCUUUAUCGGUGGAAGACCAAUUUGAUCAGUCGUGCACUGGCUUCACAUAGUUUGGCCGUUGCUGAUCGAGAUAAGUGGUUGACCUUGGAUAGAGUUUCGUCUGUGGGGCUUUUUGUUAUUGGCCUGGCGGCUUUUGCUGAGGCAUCUGGAGUGGCAGUGCAGUCUAUUUUGACAGUUGGAGGAGUUGGAGGAGUGGCUACUGCAUUUGCUGCUCGGGAUGUGCUUGGAAACGUUCUCAGUGGUUUGUCAAUGGGAGUUUCAAAACCUUUCUCAAUUGGAGAUACGAUACAGGCGGGUUCCAUUGAAGGUCAAGUGAUUGAGAUGGGACUAACUUCUACGAUGUUACUAAAUGCUGAAAAGUUUCCAGUGAUAGUCCCGAAUUCAUUGUUUUCUAGUCAGGUGAUUGUAAAUAAGUCUCGUGCUCAUUUUCGCGCUAUGGUGAAAGUAGUUCCUCUGGUGGUUGAUGAUGUGGACAAAGUUGCACAAAUUUCGAAGGACAUUGAGGCAAUGAUAAAGUCGAACCCAAAGGUUUUCUUGGGGAAGGAGGUCCCUUACUGUUUCUUGUCUAAAAUCGGAAGCUCCUCUGCAGAAUUGACUUUGGGAUGCAAUCUUAAACACAUGAGCAAAUAUGAUUGCUAUGCCACUGAACAAGAGAUACUCUUGGGAUCGGCUCGCAUAGUUAAAGAGCACGGUGCCAGACUGGGAGGUACUUGGCAAUCAUAAUCGUGGAUUCAUGGUUCGACAGAGCCUCGCAAAGAUUGUUUCCUCACCAUGUAUGUUCAACCGAACCAUCCUGCCAAAAUCGACUUGGAAACCCUGUACACAAGAGUCUCGCAAUCUGCACGAAUCCUUGUGAUUGUUAACAACACUGUCUAUCACUUGAUCCAUGACCUUGGCCAGUGGGAGAUUUCGGGAAGACUUACUGGUUCAGCAUCUGAAAUGUAAUUAGCCUUGUGACACAGGUCAGACGAAUUCUUCUUUUACUUUGAUUAUGGGCUCUCAUGAUUUUGAAAAUAUCAUAAAGCUAGUUGAGGCAU